AUGGCACCGGACAAGAAGCAAAAGGGCCGCAACAAGAAAAGCAUCCCGGUCACGAACGCGAAGAAGGAUGACAAGAAGAUUGCAAACGGUGGCACCAAUGGUGAUGCUGCUUCCGCCGAUAUGACUGAGGAAGAGGCACUGUGCGCGAAGCUGGACGAGGAAGCACGGAUCAAUUCGGAAGCCCGUGCCUGUACCGGUUCGUUGGCGGUGCAUCCACGAUCGCGUGACAUCAAGUUCUCCAACUUCUCGAUCACCUUUUUCGGCUGUGAGCUGUUGCAGGACACGAUGCUCGAGCUGAACUGUGGCCGGCGGUACGGUCUGCUCGGUGCGAACGGUUGCGGCAAGUCGUCCCUGCUGUCCGUGCUAGGCAAUCGCGAGGUGGCCAUCCCGGACCACAUCGAUAUAUUCCACCUGACGCGCGAAAUUCCGGCUAGCUCCAAAAGCGCCAUCCAGUGCGUCAUGGAGGUGGACGAGGAGCGUAUCAAGCUGGAGAAGAUGGCCGAUGCGCUGGUCGAUCAGGAGGAUGACGAGGCGCAGGAGCAGCUGAUGGACAUUUACGACCGGCUGGAUGAAAUGUCCGCCGAUCAGGCAGAAGCGAAAGCGUCCCGUAUCCUGCACGGUUUGGGCUUCACCAAGGAGAUGCAGCAGAAGGCGGCCAAGGACUUUUCCGGCGGUUGGCGAAUGCGUAUCGCACUGGCGAGGGCACUGUACGUGAAGCCGCACCUGCUGCUGCUCGAUGAACCGACCAACCAUCUCGAUCUGGACGCGUGCGUGUGGUUGGAGGAGGAGCUGAAGACCUACAAGCGCAUCCUGGUGAUCAUUUCCCACUCCCAGGACUUCCUGAACGGCGUGUGUACGAACAUCAUCCACAUGACGCAGAAACGGCUGAAGUACUACACCGGUAACUACGAGCAGUUUGUCAAGACUCGGCUCGAGCUGCUCGAGAACCAGAUGAAGCAGUACAACUGGGAGCAGGACCAGAUCGCACACAUGAAGAACUACAUUGCACGGUUCGGGCACGGUUCGGCCAAGCUCGCCCGUCAGGCACAAUCGAAGGAAAAGACGCUCGCAAAGAUGGUGGCGCAGGGAUUGACCGAGAAGGCGGUGGACGAGAAGCAGCUCAACUUUUGCUUCCCAUCUUGCGGGACCAUUCCACCACCGGUGAUUAUGGUGCAAAACGUUAGCUUCCGGUAUAACGACGUGACGCCGUACAUCUACAAAAAUCUAGAGUUCGGUAUCGAUCUGGACACGCGACUGGCGCUGGUCGGUCCGAACGGAGCGGGUAAGAGUACGCUGCUGAAGCUGCUAUACGGUGAUCUUGUGCCGACGGCCGGUAUGAUUCGCAAGAAUUCCCAUUUGCGCAUUGCCCGGUACCAUCAGCAUCUGCACGAACUGCUCGACAUGGACGCUAGCCCACUGGAUUACAUGCUGAAAAGCUUCCCGGAGGUUGUGGAGCGCGAAGAAAUGCGCAAGAUUAUCGGUCGGUACGGGUUAACGGGGCGCCAGCAGGUGUGUCCGAUACGGCAACUGUCCGAUGGACAACGGUGCCGUGUAGUGUUCGCUUAUCUCGCCUGGAAGAAACCCCACCUGCUGCUGCUGGACGAACCGACGAAUCAUUUGGAUAUGGAAACGAUCGAUGCCUUAGCGGAAGCGAUAAACGAUUUCGAGGGUGGCCUGGUGCUCGUUAGUCACGAUUUCCGACUGAUUAACCAGGUGGCGGAAGAGAUCUGGGUGUGCGAGAAGGGCACGGUUACCAAGUGGAACGGAAACAUUCUCGACUACAAGGAGCAUCUGAAGAAGAAUAUCGCCAAGGAGGCCCGAAUCGCCAACGCAGCGGCCAAAUGA